AUGGCGGACGUGGGGGAAAAUCAAGUGACAGAGGAGCCAACAAAGUCAAUUUUGAAAGAGAGUUCUGAGAAGAAAAAUACAAUAUCAUGUCACUACGCAUUGUACACAUAUCAUGUUAACAGACCUAAUUGUGCAGACACUCCCGAGCACAGCGCUGCUGGUGAACCAAGCGUGGCAGACUUUCUGAAGAAGGAAGCAACCGCAAAUGGAGACUUCAGUACGUGCAAAUUAUCCCGAAAACCAAGAACACCAAAAUCUAUCUCUAGCUUGUCCGUGAUUGCCAGUGAUUUGUCUGCAGAGGAAGAAACAGAGCUGCGAAAGUUGCUGGCACGUAGGAUUACUAAGGGCACUGUGUAUGCUGGGGCAGGGGCAGUGGUGUCUGUUGAUUUGAGCUCAUCACUAGAGGAGGUGGAGAACUUUGACUGUUACUUUAGUUUGCUCCGACAGGACAAGCCAGCCAAGCAAGUGGUUGAUUGCAGCCCUGAUGUCGUCUGUAUGCGAGAAUAUGUGGUGUGCUUCCUUUCGAAUCAGGAUGGAGGAUUGGAACUAUUUCGACCAGAACUUGAUAAAUACAGCGAGAACUUAAUACCUUUACUGACUAAUGAGCUGACCAACCUCGACACCACAAUCAAAGAUUAUCUAACGAAUUGGCAUGCCGAAGCAGUUCAGUAUAUCUGUCGGUCUGUCACGGCCUUGGCUGACAAUAUACAGUAUAUAAUACAUGCAGCCCUGAUGGGUGAAAGUGAUGAGUUUAUUGAUCAAGAAUACAAGGACGAUCUCGUCAAAGAUGUGCACAGGUUCUUCGACUGCUGCAACUUAUUCGAAUCUGACAACCAAUCUAACAGUAAAACCAGCAGCCUCACCAACUCAUUUGACUCUCUACUCGUGGACGUCUCUGCUGAAGUGAACAUGGAGAAAUCUCAGUCACAAGCACACACCAAGCCAGUGUCACCAGAGAUACUGGCAAAAACAAACUCACACUGUUCAGAAUUGAAUGGUGGAUUGUCAAACAAGGGAACAAAUAAGUUUUGUGAAGAUUGGGCCAAAUCAAUGCAAGAACAAGUUGACAAUAAUCCUGUUCAUUUGAAACAGAUUAUAGAGAAUCAUAAAUUAAGGGUCAUCCAAGAUAUGAACCACCUGAAGAGGCUUCUUCGGCAGGCAGAAUCGGACCAUUACGCCUUAUUCAGGGCGUUCAUUUUCCUGAAGACGUCAAAUAACGGACCAAUCCUUCUGCACCACGCCAUGUUCGGGGAGCACACGCUUCAUACGCCCGAGGCCACCAAUGUUCUCACCUCCCUCAGUCAAUACAUAGAAGAGGAUCAGACAGUGUUCAGCUGACCACUACCAAUGGCAGAUAUGAUGAUAAGUGACUAGACUAUCAGAAGCCAAUGCGGGAUGGGAUUGUUUUGGGAUUACUGCAAUAAUGAUACUGCAUGUAUUGUCUAUUUCAUAAGAAAAUGGCACUCGGCUUUUUGGUGAUUUCACACAAAAAAUGCAGCAGGGGGACAAACUUAAAUUCUGAAGUAUCUAUCGAUGCUUACUUUACUAGAAUUAAAAAAAAUGUGACCAGGAAUGAAUUAUUUGAAGCAAAAUAUUGGCAACUUUUUCCAGCCAUUUUAGGAUUUUUUGCCAGCAGCCAUUUUCUCUUAAAAUGGACUAUAGGACAAAGCUACAAGGACUUAUCCUCAUGAGGUGGCUUGACAUCACUUUUGGUCAUUUUGAGAAGCGCAGUGAGGGUUGCUUGUCUGCUUCUAAUCUAAAUAUUCCACUCCAUAGAAAAUCUAAUAAUGCUAAAAAGAUUUUCCAGAUGAGAGAUAUUUCUAUUUGUGUCUGUAUACAUGUAGGUACAUUUCAGGGAUUUCCAAAAGCGGAAUGUGCAGUUUGUUGCAGUGUUGUUAUCGAAUCAAAAUGUCCGAGGCCCAAUUCAAGGGUUAUUUCCAUUCGUCUUUGCUUUUGGAAAUGGGUGAAUGGUUUGGAGUGAUCUGUUAAAAUUCUCCAAAGGUGACUCUGAUGAUUACCUUUUGGGGUGAGCAGAGACGGUAAUAUUGAAUCAGUGGGUGACCGUGGAUGUUUCCACCGUAGAAAUGUGAUCCCAAUGUGAUUGUAGAUUCCUCAACUUCAUAUAAUAAUAACAUAGCAGUAUUUUAUGGUUGCUAUGUAACUGCUUAUGAUGCAUGUUAAUUAUUUGUUUUGUGCAUGAUUAUUUCUGUACAAUAAAACUUUCAUCAUAUCAGAUUCACAUCAACUAGGUCUCGUGGUUCUCCACUUUGUCAGGCACAUACAAAUUCAUUUUUUUCAUUUUGGCACAUACAUGUAGGCAAAAAAGUUAGCACCAGAUAGAUUUACAGAUUGGUAGCGGGUACAGAGGGUACCCGGAAAAAUUUUGCUGCCAACCUGGACAAAAUUGAAAUGAAGUCAGAAAUGUGUCAAAAUAUAGUCAAGACACUCAGCAGCCAAAGAUAUUUGGGGUGGAGGAACUGGAAUAUUUCAUAUAAUGGACAAAUCCGAGUCCAACAUGUCCAUGUUCCAAGUCUGUUUGUGAUGUGCUUGACAAGUUUGGAAUGAAACAGACAAAAUUGCUGAUCCAGUCGUGUUUGAUAUGUGGAAGUUUACUGUAUGCAAGCUACUGUUGUACUUCGUUCGUCGGUCAUCAGCUCGUGUGGCUAUCUAAUGCUUGGAGCUUUAAAAGGGUUUAACUUCUUCAUUCAAUUGGUUUUGGCAAAAGCCUUCAAAUCUCUUCUUCAUCUUUGGUCUAUUUGGAAGGCAGUAAACUUGCCAGUUUGAUACUUAUUUUUAAUUGAUGCUCAAAACUGCCCUAUUCUUCAUCAAUACAUUAAAUCUUAUGCUCAAUAGGUAAUAGUGCCACAUGUAACAAAUAAACUAUUUCCAUUUCCUGUACAAUCUUCAAGCCUUGUUCAAGGUGUCACUCACUAAGGUUUUCAACACUAGGUAUUGUGUCCUUACAAAAUUUGAAUGCUGCUGCUCUGCGAUGUAAUCAUAAACCUUCUGAUCCUGUCUAUCAUGAGAAAAAUUAGAAAUUGGACAAAUUUCCAGUUGUGAGGCCUUGAAAGCAAGUUCUUAUCUCGUUUUAGACUGUAUGUGGAAAGUUGUUCUAUGUUAUGAAAUUGACUGUACAUGAAUGUAAAUAGGAUGUAUAAAUAAAGUAAUAUAGAUUUAAAACAAAAAA